UAAAACGUUGAUGCAAAACGUUAAACUACCUUUUUUCUGCUUGUCGUAAUCUCGUUUUAAAAGAAAACAACUAUCAUUCCAUAUUUCAAAAGCAGUGAAACAUUCAUUGUUUCUAUCAAAAUGAAUAAAUUAGUUACCGUCACAAAAUAAUGUAAAUCAUAAUAAAAUAUAAAUUAAAAAUUUUCGUGUCGUUUUUAAACAUAUUUGUAGAAUUUGUGUGCUUGUAACAAAAUGUUAAUAAGCCCACUCAGAUGCAGUGGUCUCUUAAAACGUGGUAACCAUGGCUUGUUUGCAAUUAAUAAUAGUAUAGGACACAUCGUAGCUGGGCUCAAUCUCAAAAACUACUCCAAGGAUAAGGAUUUCUGGUGCAAGAACAUAGCCCAGACCGAAGGUAAAAGAGUGGAGCCGUGGCCAAAGCCCGACCCUCCACCACCUUCAUGGAGAUGUGAAUGCCCCAGAGAACCUCAGCUGCCUAAUUAUGAUCCCUACAGGAUAAAAGUACCAAAUGUUGUUGUACCACCGCUCCCUGCCAGUAAUGUCAAGCCAAUGUUAGAAUGUGCGAGGACCAAGGGUCCAUGUUCUCUGAAGCCAGUGCCUGAUGAACCUCCAUGCCCGCCUCCACCGCCAAAACCGUUUCCUUGGAUAUACGUUUGGAUACUGGCAUCGUUUUUUACUACAAUGGGAUUAAUCUAUAGAAUAUAUCUGUGGAAAGAAGAACGAGAUAGACUGGGUGAAAAUGUUCCAAUAUGGCGUCCACGCCGUAAGAUCAAGCGACCGUAUCACGAUAAAGAUCUGCCAGCUUGCGUGCAGUACCUGAUUGUGGGUGCAGGUGCAGCUGGCUGGGCUGCCUAUAGAGCCAUCAUGGAACACGACAAAACAGCUAAAGUUUUCUUUAUAACAAAAGAAGACAUUUUGCCAUAUCGCCGCCCGCCGAUGUCGAAGCAUAUGUGGUGGAAUCCAGAACCGCCUGAUAUUAAAACUCUCAACUAUAUAGAAGAAGGAAGGAAAUACACCAUGUACUUAUCCGAAUGCCACAAGUUUAUGGAUCCAGUCGAAUUUUAUCGAAAGAAAGUUGGGCCGGCGGUGUCGAUAGCGAGUGGAUGGUGCGUGCAGAGGGUGGACGCAAGCGAACACGUGGUCUACAUCAAGACUAUGUGUGGAGAACAGCCUAUUUAUUAUGAACGGUGUUUGCUCGCGCCUGGUUCAAAACCCAAGAAUCUUGGAAUAUUCAAAUCGGCACCUAAAGCAGUUCGCGAUCGCGUAUGCACGUUUCGAACUGUCAGGGACUUGGAGAUUGCAUAUCGGAAGGUGAAGGCUGCUAAACACGUAGUGAUACUCGGAGGCGGAUGUCUGGGUUGCGAAUUAGCUUGGCAUCUUGGUCGAAUGAAUAAAGUGGUAGAACGGCCUAAAGAUCAAGAGCCUAUAGAGAUCGUGCACAUGUUCAAGGACAAAGGCAUCUUGUCUAGUAUACUGCCGGAGUAUCUUGGCGAAUGGGCCGCAGAGAAGAUUAAGCGUGAAGGGGUUACACUUAUGCCACUGACGCAGAUAUACGAUGCUUUCGAAUCGCCCGACGGACGAUUAGAACUGACACUGUCGAACGGGACUUCCCUCGUUACAGAUUUUGUACUAGUAGCAAUAGGUACCGAGCCCCGAAUGGAGAUGGCCGAACCUUCGUUCUUAGAGCAAGACUUUAAGAAUGGAGGUUUUAAAGUUAAUACGGAAUUAGAGGCCAGAACACAUCUUUACGUGGCUGGUGAUGCUGCUAGCUUUUACUCAAAAUGGAAGAAUACACGACAACGGUUUGAGCAUUACACCAAUGCAGAAGAGCAAGGAUACAUAGCUGGUGCCAACAUGACGGGUUAUUGGAUGCCGUGCAACAUGGAGCCACAUUACUGGUUGCAGCUUGGAGACGCGCUUGAAAUGGAGGUGGUGGGAGAGAUAGGUGCGUGUAUGCCCACGGUUGCACUGUUCAAGCAAUGCACUCCUGAUGAGGUACCAGUCAAAAUGGAACCACAAGCUGGCGAUGGGGACAAACCAUGUUACAAGAGGAGUGAGGAAUAUCAGAACCGGUACAAACGGGGUCUGAUCUUUUAUUUACGUGAUGAGACAGUGGUUGGGUUCGUAUUUUGGAACAUGCCGCCGAUCGAAGACCGAAAAGAAGUCGCUACUGAGUUACUACGCGCUAAGCCUACCUACAAGGAUAUCAAUUUACUAGCGGAGCUGCUUGGUUUUCCAGAAACGAAGUGUGUCUACAUCCCUGAAGAAGAGCUCAAAGAAUCCGGGCCUUGCAUAAAGAAUUGGAGAGUAUUUUGAUGGAUCAGCACGAAACUAGGAAACUGAAGAUAACUCGAAAAGUACAAUUGAACCUCAAGCAUAAACUAUCCGAUAUAUUGUCUUAAUCACUGAUAGACAAAGUGUGAAAGUUAAUCUGUGUUUU